UGCACGCGCCCCGCAGGUGUGAUCGACGGCGCAACUUUGGACGAACGCUCUUCAGACGUUCGAGAAGAAAAAGUUGCCGCAACUUGAGAUGACGUCUUUGUCACAUGCCGCGUGCAAAAAGUUCUUUUCGCCUUAAUUAGUUUCCCGCUGGAUGGCGUGACGUGGGCUCCGAAUCUGCAAAUGGAUCCUCGCCUCAGCGAACCUCGGGACGUUUUACUUCUCAUUUGCGCCGUUUUAAGCGUCCUGCAUGGCUGCGCGGGGGAAAUCCCACCUGGGCCCACGGCGGGGGGUAGGGUCACGGUGUUGCCCCCGGUCCAGCCGGACGGGCCCCAGGCCUACCCGGAGCCCGAAAAGGACAACUUACCGGUUUUCACCAUGGACUACCCGAGAAUCCAAAUCCCCUUUGAAAUCACUCUGUGGGUGCUGCUCGCCUCUUUUGCAAAGAUCGGCUUCCACGUGUACAACAAGAUCACCGUGUGGGUGCCCGAGUCGUGCCUGCUGAUCAGCAUCGGCCUCAUCGUGGGCGCCGUCAUGCACUCUGUCAACGAGGAGCCCCCCGCCGUGCUCACCAGCAACGUCUUUUUCCUCUACAUGCUGCCCCCCAUCGUCCUCGACUCGGGCUACUUCCUGCCCACCAGGCCGUUCUUCGAGAACAUCGGCACGGUGCUGUGGUUUGCGGUGGUGGGCACCCUGUGGAACAGCGUCGGCAUCGGCAUGUCGCUGUUCGCCGUCUGCCAGAUCGAGGCCUUCGGCGUGCAGGACAUCAACCUGCAGGAGAACCUGCUGUUCGCCGCCAUCGUCUCGGCCGUGGACCCCGUGGCGGUGCUGAGCGUCUUCGAGGACGUGUCGGUCAACGAGCAGCUCUACAUCGUGGUGUUCGGAGAGUGCCUCUUCAACGACGCCGUCACCGUGGUGCUGUACAACAUGUUCAACUUCGUGGCGGAAAUGCCGGUGGUGGAGCCGGUGGACGUGUUCCUGGGCGUGGCGCGCUUCUUCGUGGUGGGCUCGGGCGGCAUGGGCUUCGGCGUGCUCUUCGGCUUCGUGGCGGCCUUCACCACCAGGUUCACCUCCCAGGUGCGGGAGAUCGAGCCGCUCUUCAUCUUCAUGUACAGCUACCUGGCCUACCUGGUGGCCGAGCUCUUCGCCAUCUCGUCCAUCAUGGCCAUCGUGACGUGCGCCCUCACCAUGAAGUACUACGUGGAGGAAAACGUCUCGCAGCGCUCGUGCACCACCAUCCGCCACGUGGUCAAGAUGCUGGGCUCCAUCUCGGAAACGCUCAUCUUCUUCUUCCUGGGCGUGGUUACCAUAACGACGGAGCACGAGUGGAACUGGGGUUACAUCCUCUUCACGCUGCUCUUCGCAUUUGUGUGGCGGGGUCUCGGUGUCUUAGUGCUGACCCAAAUCAUCAACCCCUUCCGCACAAUCCCCUUCAACCUCAAGGAUCAGUUCAGCCUGGCCUACGGUGGCCUGCGAGGGGCAAUCUCCUUCGCCUUGGCCUUCACUCUGCCCGAUAACAUCGGCCGCAAGCAGCUCUUUGUCACCGCCACCAUCGCUAUCAUCAUCUUCACCGUCUUUGUCCAGGGCAUCAGCAUCCGGCCUUUGAUCGAGUUCAUUAACGUGCGCAGAACAAACCGCAACCUGGACACCAUCAACGCUGAAAUUCACUGCAGGCUGAUGGAGCACACCGUCGUGGGCAUCGAGGACCUGUGCGGGCAGUGGAGUCACUUCUACUGGAAGGACAAGUUCAUGAAGUUCAACACACGCAUCCUGCGUCGGAUCCUGAUCCGCGACAAUCGCGCCGAGUCGAGCAUCGUGGCGCUGUACAAGAAGCUGGAGCUGCAGAACGCCAUGGAGAUCCUGGACACGGUGUCGGGAGACCUCAGCGCCGCCCCGUCCGUCGUCUCGCUGCAGUAUGAUGUCAUCUUUGAGGAGAAGAAAGGUCCCGCUAAGCCCAAAAAGAAGUUCCUGGCCGCUGACCUGAGGAGCAUGCACGACAUUCUGGCCAAGAACAUGUACAAGAUCAGACAAAGGACGACGUCGUACACCGGCAAGCACGCGCUGCCCAACGACAGCCGCACCAGAGAGAUUCUCAUCCGACGUCACUCCAGCAUCCGGCGCGGCCUCCGCCCGGGAAGCUUCCAGGCGCCCGUGGUGCCCAAAUCGCACAAGUACUUCUCACUCCCUGCUGGGAAGAACUUGGACUCUAAUUUCCCACCUGUGAUGCAGAGCGACACAGAUGAUCAAGAAACCAUGUCGGAGGUGUCGUUCCCCGCCAGACGCUCUGGUUUCGCCCCGCCAUCACGCUCCUCGUCCAGGGCGGCGCUGCCGCCGCGCCGGCUGGACACGCUGGAGGAAGUGCCCUCCGUGGACUUCCUGGACGAAAGACGGGCGCGCGGAGGCCAACCCGGAACACGUUCCCCCUCCGGUGAGCCUCGCCGCCGCGCGGACGCGUCUGGCAAAGACGCCUGGGCCGCAGAACCUCGAGACGACCCCAAGCGGCGCCCUCUGCUCAGGACGCCUCAGGGGAAACCCAAAAAGUGACGACUGCGUGGCCUUUUAGUUUUUGUUUUAAAGGAGAACAAGCGUGCAACAUAAACUGAGUGGACCACGAACAAUGACUGAUGUGGUCCAACUUGAAAAGUUUAGGAAUUUCCCCCGGCUCAGAUGUGAUUAUUUCUUUUAUAUAUGUAUCAGUAAACGUUGUUUUUAAACUCA